AUGGGAAGCACACCGCCGGCGUUUGCAGGAGACACACGACAGGCGUCGACAUGCUCUCGGCACUCCGUUCGCAGGCUCUGCCCUCACCAAACCCGACACCCCAGCCCCGCGCGGCCCACGUUUGGCCCAACGGCAGGAACGGAGGCGCACGCCCGGAGCCCUGUAGGAGAGACCCUGUGCGAUGCUGGCCGGAGGGGAGCUGGAGCCGCGGCCGGGAGGGCGGCACGGGCGGUCAGGGGUGCAGCAUGUGAGCCUGGAGGAGGUCCAGCCGCAGCCGCCGGCGAAAGGGCAGUGGGGGCGCAGGAGCUGCAAACUGAGGGGCAGCAGCAGGCCGGGGGGCUGCAGGAUCUGGAAGGGGAGCUGGAGGGGCCACAAGAGGAGGCGCGAGGGGAGCUGCCGGUGGGCGUGCAUGACGGGAGUCAAACAGGGAAUCAGCCCCAGCUGCAGGCAGGGGGGCAGCAAGGGCGUCAUGAGGGGAACCAGCCCUUGCCUGGCAGCGUACAACAGGGGUUGCCGAUGAGUGAGUCGCAGGAGUCGCAGGCGCAGGGUCAGCAGGGGGUCACGAGCCCGGGUGGCACAGGCCAAGCGGAACGGCCGCGGGCACGGCGCCGAAGGGGGCGACGACAGGGAGGGCAGAGGGCUGGGGGCCAGCCGGGGGUGACAGGAGCACCCGAGGGAGUGCAGCAGCCAGGGGGGCAGUCGGGGGCGACCGGAGCACCCGAGGGAGUGCAGCAGCCAGGGGGGCAGCCGGGGGCGACCGGAGCACCCGAGGGAGUGCAGCAGCCAGGGGGGCAGCCGGAGGCGACCGGAGCACCCGAAGGAGUGCAGCAGCCAGGGGGGCAGCCGGGGGCGACCGGAGCACCCGAGGGAGUGCAGCAGCCAGGGGGCCAGCCGGGGGCGACCAGAGCACCCGACGGAGUGCAGCAGCCAGGGGGGCAGUCGGGGGCGACCGGAGCACCCGAGGGAGUGCAGCAGCCAGGGGGGCAGCCGGGGGCGACCGGAGCACCCGAGGGAGUGCAGCAGCCAGGGGGGCAGCCGGAGGCGACCGGAGCACCCGAGGGAGUGCAGCAGCCAGGGGGGCAGCUGGGGGCGACCGGAGCACCCGAGGGAGGGCAGCAGCCAGGGGAGCAGCCGGGGAUGACCGGAGCACCCGAGGGAGCGCAGCAGUCUGGAGGGCAGUUGAUGGACGACCAGGGGCAGCAGUGGGAGGAGUGGUGCCGACUGUUGGAGUUUGAUACCCCCAUGGCGAUUGCGGAGGAGUCGGAGGCGGACGGAGAGCCUCCCAGGCCGCCUUCGCCAUGCCCCCGUUUUCAGUGUGACACGUGUUUUCACACGUUCGCUACGCGAGGGGCCGCCGCGAACCACAUGAGGGUCUGCCGGGCAGCUGAGGCGGAGAGGCGCGCGCAGGCUCUCGGCUCGAUCCCGUCUCUGGUGGAGACCGACACGCAGGAGCGCUCGGUCGGGGGUUUUAGACGCGCUCUGUUGCAUCUUAAAGCGUUUGAAGAGCCGACCGGGGGAUGA